CCAAACAGGAAAAGGGUGUGUUGGAAUGUGUGAGUCCAAAGCAGAAAUAGCUCCAACUGCUAAAGUGGAACUAGUAUUCUAUGAGCCUCAAAGGAAGGAACAAUGUUCACCGUACUCUUGGUUGCAGGUGUUUUGAUAGGAGUUGCUUACAUUUACCAUCAUAUUGUUGUAAAAGGAAAGACAUGCAACAGCAAAGUAAAAUUGCAUGGGAAAACUGUGAUUGUAACUGGUAUAGGGAAGACUACAGCUGUAGACCUGGCAAAAAGAGGAGCAAGAGUGAUCCUUGCAUGUCGUUCUAAGCAACGAGGAGAAGCUGCUCUUGAGGAGAUCAAAAGGGAGAGUGGCAGUAAUCAGGUGGUGUUCAUGCCACUGGAUCUUGGGAGUCUUACAUCUGUUCGCAGGUUUGCUACAGCCUUUUUGAAGUCAGAAUCCAGACUGGACAUCCUCAUCAACAAUGCAGGUGUUUACCUCCAGGGUCAAACAGAGGAUGGAAUUGGGAUGAUGUUUGGUGUUAACCACCUUGGUCACUUCCUGUUAACAAACCUUUUGCUGGAGCGACUAAAAGAGAGUGGACCAAGCAGGAUAGUAAAUGUAUCAUCCGUGGGACACAAUUUUGGAAAAAUUGACUUUGACUGCCUGAACACUCACAAAGCUCUGGGAGUUGGAUCAUCAUUUCUUGAGGUCCCCAAAGUUUACUGUGAUAGCAAGCUGUGCAAUGUCCUUUUCACCCAUGAACUGGCCAAGAGACUGCAAGGAACCCAAGUCACCUGUUACUCCCUUCACCCAGGAGCAAUCACCUCAGAGCUUGGCAGGAAUGCAAGCCCUGUUGUUCAAGUGCUUUUGAAGCCCAUAACUACUUUCUUCUUUAAGAACACUAUCCAAGGAUGCCAGACCAGUCUGCACUGUGCCCUUCAGGAAGGAAUGGAACCUCUUAGUGGCCGUUACUUCUCCAAUUGCACGGUAAGAGAGGUCUUUGCCAAGGCUAAGGAUGAUGCUGCAGCCAAGAAGCUGUGGGAGAUAAGCGAGAGACUUUGUGGCCUUGCUAGAAAGGUGCAAAAGCACAGCGAAACUGAACGGGAAGACAGCAAUUGUUACAGCAACACUGGCAUUGGGAAGUCCACAGCGAUGGAUCUGGCAAAGAGAGGAGCCAGGGUGAUCCUGGCCUGUCGCAACAAGGAGAAAGCUGAGGCUGCAGCAUAUGAUAUCCGCAGAGAGAGUGGCAACAGCCAGGUGGUAUAUAUGCAACUGGAUCUGGCAAGUUUGAAGUCGGUUCGUAGUUUUGCAGAAACAUUUCUGAAAACUGAACCUAGACUGGAUUUCCUGAUUAACAAUGCUGGCGUCAUAGGUCCAGGACGUACUGAGGAUGGUUUUGGGAUGGUAUUUGGAGUAAACCAUCUUGGUCCCUACUAUCUCACUAACCUCCUUUUGGGCCGUCUGAAACAGUGUGGUCCCAGUCGGGUUGUUACAGUUUCUGCCCUCCUGCACUGCUUGGGAAAAAUAGACUUCCCUCAGUUGGUUUCUAGAAAGGAUUUAGUGUUUGGUCAGUCAACCUGGAACAUCUUACAGGCAUACACUGAUAGCAAGCUUUGUAAUGUGCUAUUCAUUAGGGAGUUGGCUAACCGUCUGGACGGCACUGAUGUCACUUGCUACACCCUGCACCCAGGAAUAAUUUACACAGAGCUGUGUCGUAAUAUGAACCAGUGGCUGAAGCUUUUCAUCAUGCCCUUAGCCAAGCUCCUCUUCCUUGACCCUGAAGGAGGCUGUCAGACCACCUUACACUGCAUCCUGCAGGAUAGCAUAGAACCUUUGAGUGGGCGUUAUUUCUCAAACUGUGCACUGCAACAAGCUGGAGCCAAGGGAAGAGAUGAUGCCUUGGCAAAGAAGCUGUGGGAA